UAAUGGACAAUAGGAGCCUCUGAGCUACAGCACCAGCAGCAAAGAAAGAUGAGAUCCCACCCGGACUGGAGUCACAGUGGCUCUGGGACCCAGGCAACAGGGAAUCCGGGACAAGCUACAUGAUGACUGUGUCUCAGCGGCUGCUUGGGGCUCGGGUCUCAUGUCUGGGGGCAAUGCUGGGCUUCCUUUGCUUCUCAACGGUGCUGAAGGCAGCCCCUGAGUUCUCAGGUUACCUUCAAAAGGUGCUGAAGAACCACACAGCCCACGCCUGUGAUGGGGAGCAACUGGGAGUCAUUUGUCCCCACAAGACCUCCAUUAGCAUCCUAUCUGCAUUUUAUGGGCGUCGAGUGCCCAGCCAGAACCUCUGCCCGAGCACUGGCAAUAUCUCUGGUGAGAGCAUCAUGUGUGUAUCUGCCACAGCCCGCCAGAAACUUCUGGAUGAGUGCCAGGACCAGCGCUGGUGCCAGUUCUCUGUGCAUAGUCCAGUGUUUGGGCCCGACCCGUGUCCCGGGACACACAAGUACCUGAUAGUUUCAUACAAGUGCAGACCAGCUAACCACCGCAUUAAGACCGUGUGUGAGAAUGACAAGCUGAGGCUGCAGUGCAGGGCUAAAUCUGUCCUAGCAAUUUACUCCGCAAGCUAUGGCAGAUCCAUGCGGGGCAAACCAGAGUGUGACUCUGCGAACAGGACUGGACUCAAUGUAGAGUGCUUAGCUCCUGAUGCCUUGAGGAGAGUCUCUCGGAAGUGUCACAGGAAGGAGAACUGCACCAUCUUGGCUAACAAGGCCACCUUUGGUGACCCCUGCUUCCCUGGCGUGAAGAAACAGCUGAGGGUCUCCUAUACAUGUGUGCCAAGGCAGCUGUUUGAGGAGGUGGGCCAGGAUUCUCCAGACCCCUUCUCGCUCUCCGACUACACACAUGGUGGCUGGUACCAUGGGCCGAUGCUGUCCAGGCUCCGUGAAGAUCUGAUGAUUUUUACUAGCUCUCUGAAAACGUUUGCCCAUCUCUGGGGUGUCCCCGAGAAGGUGGGCCUCUAUUUUCUGUGUGGGGUCUCUGGAGGCCUGGUGUUCCUGCUUUGUAUCUUCAGCCCCAAAAUGGCCUUCAUACAGGACAUGAAGGAGGUCUUAAAAGACUCGAAACUGGGGAGCAGCUCAGAGCUAAGCCAGACCAAGUUACGGGAUGACCACGACGAGGACAACCACAACGACGACAGCUCCUCAGACUCCUCAUUCCGCCGCCUCACCCGCACCUACCGUGCAUCCAACAACAUCUUCAGCCCGGAGCUGACCGCAGCCCUGGAGGGUGCUGCUGAGCACAGGGCCCAAGAGGGAGAGGAGAUCUGGAUGCUCAAAGAUUCCAGCCCCUACGCUAUUCACAAACUCAAAUCUGCUACCAAAUGAGAAUGAGGAGCAGGGGCCACUGGCAGGGCAAUGAGCCAGUUCCACAUCAGCAAGCAGCUCUUCCUAGUUACAGAUCCAAAUAAUGGAGUGGGAACAGGGUGGGAAGGGGGACAAUUUUCAUCUCCGGGGACCCAAACUCAUAACAGGCUUAGGUCACGUGCAACGAGUAUGUUGAUAACAGUCUGAUCCCUGAUAGAGAUUUAUCAUGACUCAAACAAAGCUAGGCAAACUAAUAUACAUUCUGUGAACGCCAUGUAAUAACUUUCCUGCUAUAGAAACCAUAGAUUCCAUAAUCAGUAUUUAUAUCACACACAACAAAAGCACAUUUGUUACAAUUGGCAGUCUCUGCUCAAGAGGCGAGCUGGUUGGAGAAAUGUAGACAUAAUCAUAUUCCAUCAGAAUAUACAGUUCUGUUGAAAGCAAAACGUUUAGCAAAAUUGGGUUGAAUUCUGCCUGAACUUUGUUUAGGAAGAAAUGCAUGGGGGAAAAGGGAUUCCAACAAUGUUGAAAUGACCCGUACCAACAUUUUCAGAAUGAAACUUUUUUGAUUUUUUUUUGUUUUGAAACAACUUUUAGUUUCAAAUUUUUUGCAUUUUGUAGUAAAAUAUAUUUAUAAUACAAAAUGAAAAAAGUCAAAAUUGAAACAAUACAUUUCGGAUGAUCCCAAACAAAAUAUUUUUUGGAAUGUUCCUUUGCAGAAAACUUGAGAUCUUCAGUUUAGGAAAAACACAUAUUUUGAAAUCUCAAAAUCCUUUUGUCCUCCCUGAGAUCCUGGUCUAAAACAGCAGGGAGAGCUGCAGGGCAGGAUUGAAUGGGAUUGUCUGUCAUUUCAACUGAAAGUUCUGACUGGGAGUUACCCUGGUUUGGUUACCAAGAAGAAUUCAGAGGUAGAAACCUUGCAUUGUCAUUACAGUUGGGUGUUUGUAAGGUCAGUGAACCGACCAGUUAUGAAAAGCUAUCUCAACAAUAUCAAGCAAGGAAUCAGACUGGUACAUUACGUGGUGUUUUGUCUGAUUUCUUGGGGUACAUCUAUACGGCGGGUAGUGUUCGAUGUAUCGGGGAUCGAUUUAUUGCGUCUUGUCUAGACGCGAUAAAUCAAUCCCCGAAUCGACGCCUGUGCUCCACCUCGGCAGGAGAAGUAA